AUGCCUGGUUCUGCUAAAGGUUCUUGUGGCACCACCGUGUUUCUGGAGCGGCACGAGGGCGAGUCUGUGCUUCUUUCCUGCUCCAUGGAGCCGGGCAGUCUGCGGCCGUUUGGCUUCUACCUGAAACGUGGCUGGCUCCUUCCCGGUGAGGUGCUCUUCCUUUACACCAUGGCCGAGUUCAGCGUCAAGGACUCGGCUUACAAAGGUCGACUGAGUGUGAGCGGUGACCCGAGCUACCACGCGGUCAAUGUGACGAUCUCCCAGCUGAGGGCCGCGGACACGGACAGAUACUACUGUGAGUUCAUGCUGGAGAAAGUCGCCUCUGAGGACGAACGGAUUCCAGGGAGGUCUGAAUCUUUCCUCCUCGUUAACUCCGAUGGCCUGGUGGACGUGGUCCUGGUGCAGACAUGCUCUGGGGGUUCAGCCGUGCUUCCCUGUCACAGUCCAAAUGGGGAAGGUUUGGCCGUGGAAGGGGUGAGUCUGAAGAGGCAAAGAGGCCAAGAACCAGUGGAGGUGGUGUACGACUCAAAGCGGCACCACAGCGCCAGCCAUUUUCCUGCUGAACAGGUCCAGCUGUCCUCUGCACCCGGCCCCGGUGGCAUCGCCUACAAUGUGACACUGCAGCAGCUCCAACCAGAGGAUAGCGCCCUCUACAGCUGCCAUCUGCUCCAGCGAGGUGAUCAGUGCGGCUGCGACCGCUACGACAUUCUGCUGUACGCUCUGUCAGGAGCCGUGGGCCUUCUCCUCGCGCUCCUCGUUGGAUUUAUCGUGAAGUUUAAAGUCAAAGCUCGUCGCAGCACACGUUCGCAGCCUCAGCCACCCAUCUACGAGGAGAUGGUCGGGGUGCAAUCGCCCAGCCAGAAACUGGCCCCCCUGCAUCUAGACAAAGGGGAGUACAAAAACUGCUCGGUGAGGAAGACCACUGCUGAAAACCAUUACGAAAGCCCCAGCGGUGCUCUCUUUGAAUGAGUCUCAGAAAUAAAAUGUUUGACCUUUUUUCCACCAACAGUAUUAACUAGAAUGACCCAAACUGCCUCAC